AUGACAUACGAACACGUAGCCAGGGUGGCAUUUCUCAUUGAUGCCUCGCAUCUGACUCCUGAGGAAGUCGCCGAGCGAGCUGCAAACCCUGCCUUAUGGGCUGCAAGACGAUAUGGACAGCCUGAGCACAUCUUCAGGGCAGCCGCAGAACGACAUGAAAAGGAAACAGCCAAGCGUGAAUGUGCAAUACCGUUAAACUACGCCCCCUCGACCACCCCAUUCUGCCCAGACACACCUCGCAUUGCGCCACAAAUCUCCGUGCCACAAGCAUCACAAACACUACACUCGGCCUUGUCUGAGACCGUACGAGCGCUACCAGUCUCGGGUCGGUCACGUAUUCCUGGGAACCCAGGUGUAUCCUCACCAUCUGAGUCGUACUUCUCCACCAUUCUCUCGUCUUCAACCCCAGACGAAAUAAGCUCGUCUCCAUCUGAGCAAUUAAGGACUCAAAGCAAGCAAGCCCUAGUAGGCGACCUACCACACGCUUCUGGGGGCUCUAUGUCAGCUAAGAGCAAGGAGAAGAUGCGUGCUUCAGCGGCCUAG